AUGUCGCCACCACUUUCGACGCAGGCCUUGGUAGUGCGACCAGAACAAAAGUCGUUGAGUUUAGAAGAGAUCGUUAUCGUGGAUAUUAAGCCUGACGAAAUCCUGGUGGAGAUUGUCACAUCUGGUAUCUGUCACACCGACCUACUCGCGAUGGAUGGGAUUCUGCCCAUGCCUAGUCCAGGCGUUCUAGGGCAUGAAGGCACCGGAAGGAUCAGCAAAGUUGGCGAGGGAGUCCACCAUCUCAGUCCGGGCGAUCAGGUCAUGCUCUCAUACAGCUCCUGUGGCUCGUGUGACCACUGCCGAUCCAAGCACACCUCCUACUGCGAGAGUUUGCAGGCUCGGAACUCCUCCGGGGCCCGUCAUGACGAUUCGUCGGCCCUGAUGAGCACCUCCGGCGAGAAGCUGUUCAGCAACUGGUUCGGGCAAUCAUCCUUCAGCAAGCAUGCGGUCGUAAACGCCUCGUGUGCGGUUCGCCUGGCGCCUGAGGUCAAUCUCGCGACGCUGCCCCCGAUGGGCUGCGGGCUCAUGACCGGGGCGGGAGCCGUGUUCAACACGCUCGAUGUGCAGCCCAACACAAGCCUUGCUGUCUUCGGGGUCGGCGCCGUCGGCCUGUCAGCGAUCAUGGCCGCAAAGCACCGUGGCGCGCAUCCGAUCCUGGCGGUAGACCGGAUCCCAGAACGACUAGACCUCGCACUCGAGCUGGGCGCAACGCACGUCCUCGACAGUACCCAGGUAGAGGAUGUCGGCGGCAAGAUCCGACAAGACACCGGCUCCGUUGGGGUUCGGUAUGCCCUGGACUGCACAGGCGUGGCGACCGUCAUUCGCAUGAUGAUGGAUUCCUUGGCGCUGCGCGGGAAAGGCGCCUCCGUCGGCAUGCCCUCGUCGGCACCGACGGUCGAACUCGACAUUUUGUCGCAUCUCUUCGGUGGCAAGCAGUACAUUGGCUCGAUCCUGGGCGACAAUAGUAAUCAAGUACUUAUUCCAUACCUGCUUGAAUUGCACCAAAAGGGAGAUUUUCCGGUUGAGCGGCUGGUCACCCAUUACGAGGCCAAAGAUUACGAGACGGCUUUUGCAGAUGUUCGGAAUGGGAAGGCUGUCAAAGCUGUGUUGCACUGGGAGGCGUUGUAGGCUUUGUGUCAUGUCAACAAGCAUUGGUAUUUAUUGUUUUGUG